AUGUCCACGAGUAUCAAUGAUUCUGAAAGCGUUCGCGCUAUUCUCGACCGUCUCCGUGCUUCCCAUGCAUGGCAGACUGCAAAUAAUCAGUCAACAGCUGUGGAAGCUCAGUCUGACUCUGACUCGGCCGUGUCAAAUUUGCCCUCAGUCGCAUCAUUACUUUCUCAACUGAAUAAUUCUGGCGUCCAGUCAGAGCCAACUCCCAGACCAGCUCCCAUUGAGCCAUCUCCGCCGCCAAUUCCUGUUCAAACCACGCCCGAGACAGAUCUGAGACAUUUGACGUUUCAGCAAGCCUUGCCACGACUCGCUCAACUCUCUGACGACCCUAAGAUAUUGUCGGCUAUCGAGAACUUGCAACAGGAACAAAAUAAGUUGGAACGUGACUUGUGGUCAGAGCGCGUCUCCAUUCGUUCCAAGUAUGAAUCAAAAGUCCAAGUUGCCAAAACGAAAGCUCAGUUAAUCGGGGCCAACGGCGGCGUUUCCAAGCACGAAGCCGAGAUGAUCUCACGCGCGUAUGAGAAGGAACUGAAGCAGUUUGAUUCCGACCGCGCUUUGCCAGCCUGGGACGCGUUGGUAGCCAAGCAGCAGACGACCCUGGCUCAAUUAGGGCUUCCUUCUAUGUUUCUGACAACAGAGAAGAGCGAUAGAGAGCGUCAACACCGGAUUAUACAAGUUGUGGAGGGAAUAGUGUCGAGUAAAGAGUGA